AGAAGGAACAACAACCCCAAAAUUAGCAUUAGCCUUGGUUUAGCGUAGCAUUACUUAAUCUCUGUGUCUGAACACAUUUUCAUUCAGAAAGUGAGCUGAGUGGGUUUUAUUUGCUCGGAGACUGUAAUGGCUUUAGUGUUAAUCUGAGUUUAGGCGGUUGUGUGAGGUGUGAACCUGCGCAGGGAAAGUUAGCCAUUUAGCUAAUACGUGCUAAUGAUGUGGUUUCCUUGGAGUUGUUCGAGUUAAAUUCCGGAUAAAUGACUGAAAUUAAAAGAGGAAGAGACAGUCUCUAGUGUCGAAACAAAGAUGGGAACUCCGUUUAAGAUCCCGAAGAAGAAACAACCUUCAGAUCUCUCCGUCGUUCACAUGACGUCACCGCUCUCCCGGCUCCAGAAUGACGUCACAACGUCGCCAGCCUGGACUCGAGCCGGGCCAAAGGUAAACGGGAGCGGACGUGUCAACGGGAGAACAGAAACGAAGCCUGGCUCUGCCGCAGCAGACAGAUGGAGACCCAAAAGAGCGUCAGACAAGCUGUGUCAGCGUGAGGACACACCUACAGCUAAGAAGCAAUGGGGACCCGGGCUCAGUCAGAACUGCACGUCUUCACCCGGUGAGGAGGAGGAGAGCGAGAAGAAGAGCGCAGGAAACAGGCAGGAGUCUGUGAGCACGCCUGUGAUGAACAAGCAGAACGGACGGAGCGCACACUCCUCUUCUCGCACACACGCCGAGGACGGAGUGAAGCCCCCGAAGCUAGUGGAGACACCAAAGGACACGCACGUCCCCUCCGUCCCUGUCCGAAACGCCAACACCAGGACAAAGCUCCAGCUGAAACCUUUACUCAAAACCUACUCGAGAGUCAAAGCAAGCUGUGCAGAAACCAUUGUGCUGUCCAGUGGUGAUGAAGAUGAGGACGAGGAUGAAGCACGCGGUGAUGCUCGACUCAAUCCAGAGCUACAGAAGAGCCAAAAGAACAUCCCAGGAGGUCAGAGUUCAUCUCCAGCUGUGAUGGAACUCGCUUUCUCCACUCUGUACUUCGGCCCAACGCUGAGUCACGCCAAUGGACCCAUCAUGAUCACAGAAGAGUCCCUCUCAAUCCAACUUAAAGGGUCGAGAGAGGAGGCAGUCGGUGGUGAUGCCGAGCAUGUCUCGGUGUGUGUGGUUCCGUCGGAGCUGCGAGCGUACGGUGUCUGGGACGCCGCCGAAAGCGGAUUGUCUGAACUGCGUGACUCUUCGUCCUCCCUCCUCUUCCUCACUCUGAGCGAGGCUCAGGCCCGACUCCUCCACACCGAGCUCUCGGCGCUGCACAAACACAUCGCAGCCCCGCCCUGCCCGUUUGUGUUGGUGCACCUGAUCGGUCGGUUGGAUGACCUCCAGCAAGCCACCUUAGCUUCUCUGAUGGAAAUGAUGGCGCUGAGAAGCGGACACUCGUCCUUACGGACGCCAAUAUCCCGGGAGCAGGGGUUGAAACGGAUACUUUGUCACCCUCUCGGUGCACAAUUCCUUACCAUGCUGGGCAACAAAGUAGGCAAUAAGGAGAGUCCGAACGGGACCAGAAGCGUUAAAGCACCUCAGGUCACGGGUACCAGACACACACUGCGCAGCCAUACGAGACAGCCGAGCUUGCCUAGAAGGUUAAUUCAAUACCCGCCACCACCAUCGAAAGGCGGGAUCACCGUGACGACCGAAGACCUGGAGUGCCUUAAGGACGAAGAGUUCCUCAAUGACGUCAUCAUCGAUUUCUACCUCAAGUAUCUUCAGUUAGAGAGAGCGGACCAGGAUGUGGCCGAAAGGUCGCACGUCUUCAGCAGCUUCUUCUAUAAGCAGCUGACACGCAAACCCAAUAGCAGCGAGGAGGAGGCCGGCGGAACAGCACAGUAUAGGCGUCAUGGGAGAGUGAGAACAUGGACAAGAAAUGUUGACAUCUUUAGCAAGGACUACCUCUUUAUACCUGUCAAUCAGGAAGCCCACUGGUACCUGGUAGUGAUCUGUUUCCCGGGUCUGCUACAACCUGAGUCCGUGCCAUGGAAGCAAAGCCAAACAGGAACUUCGGCUGAUCCAAAGGACAAAUCAAAAGGCAGCCCUCUUAAAUCCAUCCAUCUUCCGGACUGCACAGUGCUCACCUGCCAGAAGAACAUCAUAACCAGGAGGCCUUGUAUUCUGAUCAUGGACUCUCUGAAGCUCUCCUACCACUAUCGCAUCUACACGCUGUUACAAGAGUACCUACAGGUGGAGUGGGAGGUACGGAGAGGAACUCCUCGAGUGUUUAAUAACGACAGCAUUAAAGGGAGCCUCUGCAAAGUGCCCCUGCAGGACAACAGCAGCGAUUGUGGCCUUUACCUGCUGCAGUACGUCGAGAGUUUUCUGCAGAAUCCAGUCGUACACUUUGAUCUCCCGCUCCGGCUCGAGCGCUGGUUUCCACGGCAACAGGUCCGCAGGAAGAGAGCCGAGCUCCGCGAGCUGGUGCUUCAGCUGUACCAAAAGCAAGGGGGCGGAGUCGUGCAGAGCAGCAGCUAAUGUGAUUGGACAGGCGCUGGGGUUUGGAUGUUCAGUACCAGGGUUUCCUCAAGGCUACGCUUUAACGCUGCGCUAACACGUGACUCAUUAUCAGACCUAAUAUUAUUUUGACAUGCCCAAACAGUGGUUUAUGAUCAUGGUUCAUUAAUUUCACUAUAAGCUGAAAGUACAAAGUUUUAAAGUGUGUGUGGGUGUGUGUGUGUGUAUGUGUUUUAGUUUGGAGGAAACUAAAAGUAUAAGAAUGAGAGACACUGUUUUAUCAAGUUACUAAGAAUAUUUGUAUUUCCUGUUAAUUUAUUAUAUUUGUAUGGUAUGUGUUUUAAUAUAUGAAGGCAACAAUAAAGCAAGAGAUGAAAAGUU